UGGGAAGCGUUCCCCUCCUCAGCUCGGUCCGGGGUUCCAAGCUCCCCAGUGACAGCGGCGACAGGAAGCAGGCGGGAGCUCCCCGGGUCUUAGGCCUGUUGUUUUUGGAAGGGAGGACGCUGGACGUUUCUCCACGUAACCCCCAUCUCUGGCCCAGAGUCUGUGCAUGGCGAAGUCUCCAGGGAACUCUACCCUGGAGCAGAUUCUGGGGCAAUACCAACGGAGUCUCCGGGAACGUGCCAAUAGAAGCAUCCACCAACUGAAAGGUGCUCUAAGAGAAGGUGGUGUCUCCGCUGGAGAAGAUACACUGGAUCCUUCUUGUAACAGUGGGGUGGGGGAUGAGGACCCUGAGGCGGCCUGGCAUGAACUGCAGCACAGCCAUGCUGUUAAUCAGCUCAAAGCUUUGUUGCGCCAACAAGCAGCUAAAGAAAGUGAGGUAUCUCCAAGAAGACGGAAAAUAUCGUCUUUGGGGUCAUCAGAACAUGAUGAAACCAGUAUGCCUACCGUGCACAACCUUGUUCCUAUUAUUAAUGAUCAGUCUCAAUAUAUUCAUCAUUUAGAGGCAGAAGUUAAGUUCUGCAAGGAGGAACUCUCUGGAAUGAAAAAUAGAGUUCAAGUAGUUGUGCUUGAAAAUGAAAGGCUCCAGCAACAGCUGAAAUCUCAAAUACAAGAGGAGACGAUGAGAGAACAAACACUUCCAGAUGUGUCUGGAAACAUGCAGAAUUCUUGGAUUACAACAGCUGAAGAUUGUGAGGUGGAUGAAGCUGCCAAGAAACCACAUUCCCACGGCAGUGCAGAUACUGGCAGAGAAAAAUCUGCUGGGGAGGCUGAAAAAUGGAAGCGAGAACUGGAGAGGUUAAAGCUUACCUAUGAGGAAAAGAGUGCAAUCCAGGAAUCCCAAUUAACAUUUUUGAGGAAAGACUUAGCUGAAUAUCAGAAAAACUAUGAAGAUCUUAAAGAACGACUAAGGCAUAAAGAAUCUCUUCUUGCUGCUAAUAUUUCCAAACGUGUUGGUGGUCUUUGUUUGAAAUGUGCUCAGCAGGAAGCUGUGCUCUCCCAAACCCAUAAUAAUGUUCACAUGCAGACCAUUGAAAGACUGACUAAAGAAAGAGAUGACUUGAUGUCUGCGCUAGUUUCCGUACGGAGCAGCUUGGCAGAUGUGCAGCAGAGAGAAGCUUGCGCUUACGAACAGGUGAAACACGCUGUGCAAAUGACGGAGGAAGCCAAUUUUGAGAAAACCAAGGCUUUAAUCCAGUGUGAGCAGUUGAAGAGUGAGCUGGAGAGGCAGAGAGAGAGACUUGAAAAAGAAAUCACAUCUCAGCAAGAGAAAAGGGCCUUGGUAAAAGAGAUGAUGAGACAAGAAAUAACAAAAGAAAGGGAAGACAUGGGAUCAAAGAUAUUGAGCCUCUCUGAGAAUAUUGCCCAACUAGAGGCCCAGGUGGAAAAAGUUACAAGGGAGAAGAUGUCAGCUAUCAAUCAGCAGGAGGAAAUUCAAAAACAGCUUGCUUCUCGGGAAUUGGAAAUCUCAAAGGUGUGUGGAGAAAUGCGCUACCAGCUGAGUAAAACCCAAAUGGAAAAGGAUGAGGCAGAAAAGGAGCACAAAGAGUACAGAGCAAAAACUAACAGGGAUCUUGAAAUUAAAGAUCAGGAGAUAGAGAAAUUGGGAAUGGAACUGAGUGCAAGCAAGCAGCACUUGGAACAGGAGCAGCAGAAGGCAGCCCGGGCCAGAGAGGAGUGCCUGAAACUAACAGAACUGCUGGGCGAAUCCGAGCACCAACUGCACCUCACCAGACUGGAAAAAGAUAGCAUUCAGCAGAGCUUUAGCAACGAAGCAAAGGCCCAAGCCCUCCAGGCCCAGCAAAGAGAGCAGGAGCUGACACAGAAGAUACAGCAAAUGGAGGCCCAGCAUGACAAAACUGAAAAUGAACAGUAUUCAUUGCUGACCUCCCAGAAUAAAGUUUUGACAAAAUUAAAAGAAGAAUGCUGUACAUUAGCCAAGAAACUGGAACAAAUCUCUCAAAAAAGCAGAUCUGAAAUAGCUCAGCUCAGUCAAGAAAAAAGGUAUACACGUGACAAACUGGAAAAGCUACAGAGAAGGAACGAUGAACUGGAGCAGCAGUGUGUCCAACACGGGAGGUUACAUGAGACAAUGAAGCAGAGGCUGAGGCAGCUGGAUGCGCACAGCCAGGCCACAGCCGAGCAGCUGGUGCAGCUCCUCAACAAACAGAACCAGCUUCUCCUGGAAAGACAGAGCCUGUCAGAAGAGGUGGAUCAUCUGCGUAGCCAGUUACCCAGCAUGCCACAAUCUGAUUGCUGACCUGGAUGGAACAGAGUGAAAUAAACGAUUUACAAAGAUAUUUACAUUCAUCUGGAUUAUACUUGAUAUGCCACAAUGCACCGCGACCUUCCCCAGGUGACACCGCCUCAGACUGCUGUGGGGCUCAUCCUCAUCUCCAUAUCUGUGUCCCGGUCCCAAGGACAGGCUGGAGCUGAAGUCUAAUGCUAGAUGAGGAGAGCUCCUGGUAUAAUGUUUGCAGAAAUGGCUUGAAGUUAUGUUUCUAAAUCUGCUCAUUUGUAUGGUAGGUGGUACAUAUGAAUUCCAAUAAAUGAAGUUUUUAAAGAC